AUGAGGGGUGGAGAUAAAACAGUUGAACAUGAAGAUUUGGAACCAUCCACAGGGGUGAAUCACACAGCCUCUGCGAAUCAACAAAUACAGGAGGUACCUGUUACAAACCAAUUAGGAUUAGAUGAAAAUGAAUCACCUGAAGGAAGUAGCGUUUUGACCAGCAGUGGGGAAAGACUACAAGAAACAAGAACUGAAUUAAACCAUUUGCAAAGACUAAGGCAAACAUGUGCUUGCCCUCCACAUGGCUUACUGGAUAAAGUAAUAACAAAUGUGACCAUGGUUGUUCUCCUGUGGGCUGUAGUUUGGUCAAUCACUGGCAGUGAAUGUCUUCCUGGAGGAAACCUGUUUGGGAUUAUAAUCCUUUUCUAUUGUGCUGUCAUUGGAGGUAAACUUUUUGGGCUCAUCAAGUUACCUACGUUGCCUCCACUGCCUCCUCUUCUUGGCAUGCUGCUUGCUGGGUUUCUCAUAAAAAAUAUUCCUGUCAUCAAUGAUAACGUACAGAUCAAGCACAAGUGGUCCUCCUCGUUGAGAAGCAUAGCCCUGUCCAUCAUAUUGGUUCGUGCUGGCCUUGGGCUUGAUUCAAAGGCCCUAAAGAAGUUGAAGGGUGUUUGUAUGCGAUUAUCCAUGGGUCCUUGUCUUGUGGAGGCAUCCACGUCCGCUCUUCUUGCCCACUUCCUGCUGGGUUUACCGUGGCAAUGGGCAUUUAUACUGGGUUUUGUUGUAGGUGCUGUCUCUCCAGCUGUCGUGGUGCCUUCAAUGCUCCUUUUGCAGGAAGGAGGUUAUGGUGUUGAGAAAGGUAUCCCAACCUUGCUCAUGGCAGCUGGCAGCUUCGAUGACAUUCUGGCCAUCACUGGCUUCAACACGUGCUUAGGCAUGGCCUUUUCCACAGGUUCCACCGUUUUUAAUGUCUUCAGAGGAGUUUUGGAGGUGUUAAUUGGUGUGGCAACUGGAUCCCUUCUCGGAUUUUUCAUUCAGUACUUUCCAAGCAGUGACCAGAGCAAACUUGUUUGGAAGAGAGCCUUCCUUGUCCUGGGGCUCGCUGUGCUAGCGGUGUUCAGCAGCAUGUACUUUGGUUUCCCUGGAUCAGGAGGACUCUGCACAUUGGUGAUGGCUUUCCUUGCAGGCCGGGGAUGGGCCAGCAAAAAGGCAGAGGUUCAAAAAAUUAUUGCAGUUGCCUGGGACAUCUUCCAGCCCCUUCUCUUCGGACUGAUUGGAGCAAAAGUGUCUAUUGCAUCUCUCAGACCAGAAACUGUAGGCCUUUGUGUUGCCACCUUGGGCAUUGCAGUAUUGAUACGAAUUUUGACUACAUUUCUGAUGGUGUGUUUUGCUGGUUUUAACAUAAAGGAAAAGAUAUUCAUUUCUUUUGCAUGGCUUCCGAAGGCCACAGUCCAGGCUGCAAUAGGAUCUGUAGCUUUGGACACAGCAAAAUCACGUGGAGAUAAACAAUCAGAAGAAUAUGGAAUGGAUGUGCUGACAGUGGCGUUUUUGGCCAUCCUCAUCACAGCCCCAAUUGGAAGUCUACUGAUUGGCCUGCUGGGCCCCAGGCUUCUCCAGAAAGCUGACCAUCAAAAUAGAGAUGAAGAAGUUCAGGGAGAGAUUUCUGUGCGCUUUUAG